AUGGCCGCUCUGGUCCAAACAUACCCUCAGCAAGCUGGAUCAGUAACAAUACUUCAGACCAGGCCAAAUUCGUCUUCAGGAAUCAUGCCGACCCCGUCAGGGACCCAGCCUAGCCAAGCGUACAUGGCCAACUCGCAAAGGGGCGGCUAUCACGGCCUCCCGAGUGGCGGUUCUAGUGGUUCUGCUGUCUAUCGAGGCAGCACGGCCGUCCCCGUCCAGCCCUAUGCCUUUACAGCGACGCCUAGUCUGGCUAAUGGCGGGCAAUGGCAACAGUACGGGACUUACCGUCCAUCGACUACGGCCGCAAUGCAGAUGACUGACCCGAACUCGACGGUUGCUCGCCCUCGCUACGCUUCAAAUCCCCCCAAUACCUCGAACAAUAAUAGCAACAUUGUCCCAUCGGGGAUGGCGGUGGGGAUCUCUCAGGACGACUCGCGGAUUAUGCCUCCGUCUACAACGCGGCCCCCGUUACCGCCUUUGAAUCUUUCGACAAACCAGCCGACCUUUGCGCAGGUUGCCGCCGCGAAAUCAUCACCCGAGCGGUAUAGACGGCCGUCUCCGAGAUACACAGAUUCGUCACCAAGUGUCAUGCAAGCACCCCAACCACAGGGUUCGGCGAUGCCGUCCGGAUCCGGCAUGGCCACCGUCGUUCAUCUUUACAAUCCCCGGGCCGCGGCGGACCAGCAAACCAGAAUACCUCGAAACGCGGCAGUUCUCGCUAAUCGACCGCACAGCGCUUACGGAUCUAUGGCGAUGGAUGACAUGCACUUGCACCGACACGCUGCCCAAGAGGAAUCUAACAAGAGAUUUCGGCGGCGUAGCAUACACUCUAUCAAUUCUACCGAUUACCCCACAUCCCUGUCCCCGCAGGACUUCAAGCGGGCGGAAGAAUCAUUCCGCGUGGAGGCGCUAGCCGCGUCGAAGAAACGAAGUGGUCUAGAUAAGGACCAGGGGAAUACUACACGGCCUGGUCCGGUUUCCUCUGCUGGCCCCGCGGAGAAGAACGCAGUGCAAGCCAGAAAUGGCAGCUCAGAAAGUCUAGUUUCGAGCGGAAGCAGCAAUUCCCGGCCAUCCUCGUCUACCAAUCGGAAUUCUAAUGCAUCUGCCCCCACGGCCAGCCCCGGGUCCACGGCGUCCACCUCCGGAGACAAGAAGUCUGCCCAAGACCAGCCGAAGUCGGUGAACGUACCGUCUCGGGGUUCGUCAGCCGACGGAAAGCGUGUGAUCAAUCCGUCUCCCUUAUCAAGGCCGGCAACGAUGGCUUCCGGGUCCUCGGCCGAUGAUUCGGCAAAGCCGACCGGCGUGGCGGCACCAUCCCCGGCCAAGCCACCAGCAACGGCCUCUAGUUCGGUGACGGAUAGUCCUGCAGCCAAGCACCUGGCCGCCAUCAAUGAGAAAGGCGCCAAGUCGAAGAAUAAAACUUCACGGCUCCGGCGAGCCUUCUCCUUUGGGAGCGCUGCCGAGCUCCGGAAGGUUACGGGACAAGACGCGACGUUGGAUAACGCCAAAGCAUCGCAGGAUGACGCUGGAAGGUUGCGUAAGGGCCCUAAGGCUGAAGACCUGUAUGAGGAGGAGCAGGCACGAAUUGCGCAGAAACAGGAAGAGGGUGGGAUUGGGAGUAGUAUUUACUCUGGUACCAAGCUGUUCUCGGGGUCAACGGACAACUUGUCGGUCUCGUCGACAGCGUCCUCCGCAUCGAUCAUGCUCCGUAAAAUGGGACGUGGGAUGAAGAAAGGCGGUAGAUCCUUGGUGGGAUUGUUCAGGCCGAAGUCGAUGAUUGGGACAUCGACGGAGGACGCGAAGCCCCCCCAGGCCUCGCAAGCCACCGUGUCCAUGGUGACCGUCGAGGCCGAGCGUGAAAGGGUCAACGCAACGACUGACUCACAGGGCCAGCACGCUGGCGGCACCGGCGCACCCCUCGAGACCAAUUCGAUGGACCCCAGCGCGGCCGAGACCCUGCAGUCGGAUCGCCAGGGAAACUCAAGCCCUGACAAUUCGAGCUCAAGGAAAAGCAUCGUCGGCGGCGAGAGAGAGAGGGCUGAAGUGCUCGCGACUAUUCGGAAGGGUAUUCUGAAGACUCGCAGUAACUCUCCAAGCCCACCGGCUCGGGGCGCUGAAGCCAAGGGCCCGAUCUUCGACCUACCGACGGUCCCCAACGUCUCGAACUCUCCCAGCUCUACCGCUCCCAGCACGCCGAAUGAUGAAGCCCAGAUCCAGAAACGAAACGAAACGGUUAGCAUCGGCAACGAGGACUACUUCGUAACGGCACUCCGUCUCCGUCAAGACACCAAGAGCGCGCCGACGACGCCUCAAGGUGUCAGCGCUAAACGGUCUGCUACCUUUAGCCCGCGUAUCGUGUUUUACGAUACAUGGCCGAGCGGAGAGUACGAUCGCCGCGGCGAGAUCGCCACGUGCAAUCGCCUGACACCGAUGCUUGCCCAGCAAAUCAAGGAGGAGUUGAACAGUUUCAAGAUGGAAAUGGAAGUUCACGAGACGUCCAAGAUUUACACGCACUUUUUCUAA